UGACCAUAAAGUGAGCCGUUGGUCGACAUUUUGGGCACAGCAUCAUCAGCGCUGACGUGAGCAGGGCUGUCAUUACUGUAGUGACGAGUCAAACUACGUAUUAUUCGUUUGUCUAUAGGUGAGGGACUAUGGACGCCUCAGUUUCUCCUCAGUUGGACGGCAGUUUGAAGGACUCCGAUGGAGAGGAGAACCACAGUGACGGCAGUUCCUCUUCUGCAGAUCCUGCUCAGGUGUCGGUGGAAGGAGGGUCUCCAGGAGUGACGGUGGUCCAGCUGAGUGAUGGUCAGAUGCUUCAGGUCCACAGGGUGAUCCAGGCCCCUCAGACCUCCGUCAUACAGGCCCCCCCGGUCCAGACCGUCCAGAUUGCCAGUGUAGCAGAGCUGGAGCCCGACCAAUCAGAAGCAGACACUCAGAAGAGGCGGGUGCUUCUCUCCAGGCGUCCGUCUUAUCGAAAAAUACUGAAUGAGCUUUCAUCGGAUUCACCGGCGGUUGCUAAAAUCGAAGAGGAGAAGAUGGAGGAGGAGGUGGUGGUCUCUGCUGCCGAAGCAACAGCUCCCACCUCCAUCUACCAGACCAGCUCAGGACAGUAUAUUGCGAUCUCUCAGGGGAGAGCCAUCCAGUUGAACCCCGGAGUGGAGGCCCUUCAGGGAGGGGGGGCCCAGACCCUGACGGUGGCUAGCUCCUAUCCAGCUGGAGACGCCCAACAGCAGAUCUUCAUCCAGGGAGGACAGAUGCUUCUCCAAGGUAGGACUCAGAUGAUUAUUGCAUUUUCAUCAAACGUUUCUCCCCCCUCUUUCCUCUCCAGGGAGGCCGCCAGAGAGUGCCGCAGGAAAAAAAAAGAGUAUGUCAAAUGUCUGGAAAACCGCGUGGCUGUGUUGGAAAACCAAAACAAGACCCUGAUUGAAGAGCUGAAAGCACUGAAGGACAUUUACUGCCACAAAGCAGAGUAGCGGUUUGUGGUCAUGAGCUGAAGACAGUGGCGUUUACAAGCUGCGACAGCAAAUAGAAACAAAAGACUGGAACUACUUUGACCGUGUCUGCUCACUCAGGCCUGGUUCAAGUGUUUCGGGGGGGAUUUAAACAGCUGGAGCUGGCCGGUUUUCGCUCUUGUUCGUAUCUUGUGCUCUUUGCAUGUGAAGACUCAAGUGUCGUUGAUGUUGCUUUUGUGCACCGGCCAAUGAGAGCCAGCUGACGAAGAGGAACAGGAAGAGGAAAUACAUGCGCUUCCUCAGAAUGUACCGUUUAGAGUACAGAGAUUAACGGAAAAACAUUGGCGAGUCAGCCAAGGUCGCUCUACCAGCAGUUUCUCUGAGGAGACGAGGUGCCACUAUCAGCUGCAACUCAUCCCUGUUUUCCUGAUCAAAUCUGCAGCAUUUACGCUUCUGUUCGUGGCAAUUCCAUGCAUUCCUUCACGCUAAAAAGCAAGAAAUGUCAUUUAAGUAACAUUUUCAGUUUUCAGAGACGUUUUUGAUUUGGUUUCAAAGAAUAAAAGAAUAUUUUUAGCAGACGACACAGAAUAUAAUAUAUUUUAAACAAAUAGAAAGGGGCAUUAUCUGAAUCAGAAGUUAUUUUAAAGUGAGUCGAUUGUUUAGAAAUGACAAGAGCACAACUGCCCUUGAGUCAAAGCACAGAAAGUACCAAAGCGUCCGUGUGGAUAUUACCAGAAUGUAUAUUACGUUUAUUUUAAGAAUUUCACUCCACAAGUUUAUUGUAUAUUCUGCAAAGCAUCAGCUCGUUUUACUGUCAUGCAAGCUUCAGUCUUAUUUUUCAAAUUAUGGAUAUCCAUUGUGUUUUAAAACUGUAUUUGAUUAUGGCUGGAUAUUGAAAUGCUCUGUUUAAAGGGUGAUGCCAAUUUUUCUCUUUUUUUAUGUAAAGACAUUUUAUUUGAAUGAUAAUAUCCUCUUGUUUUCCUGUUUCUGGUGAUUUUGAAAAGUGCUUGCUUUCUCUGUUUCUAUAGUUGUUGAGUUUGUUCCAAUAAAUAUAUUUUAUUGAAGAAAAAACACCUCCUAAUGUAACAGACGAUCUCUUACGACUGCCAAAGCUCUUUUAGUGAAAGACAAGUCUUUAACUACAGUUUGUCUCGGUGACAACACAGUGAUUCAUCCUGUGGUCGUCUUGUUGUGUAACAACCAAAUGACCGGUACGUUUUGUAUUCACAGAUAAAUAGCCAUUUUGCGAAAGUCUACGAAAACACAGGUGAUAAUACAAUUCAGGUCUUUUCUUUGAUAUUAACUCGGUCAAGCUGAUCUGGUUGAGGAUUCUUGCUGUUUCAACCCAGUUGUUCUCCUCUCAGUUUACUUCCUUGUUUGAAUUGUAAAACCAAAACUUAUUUUUUUGUUUGUCAAAUAAAAUAUUCAAAUGUGA